AUGCGCACGAGAUCGGGAAAAAAGACCGAAACGCCUGAUACCGACGAUGAAGACGUCUAUGAUGAAGUUGACCGUUUUCACCAGGCCGAUCGGGACCUCGGAAAGGACUUUGGAAAAAAGGGGAAAGCAACGCCUGUUGAGGUGCUGAACGUUGAGGGAGACUAUUCGGAUGAUGAAGGAGAGCGAAGAGACGAUGGGAACGUAAGUAGUGACUGGGAGGGAAGUGAGAAUGGCACAGCUGAAGACGCGAUCGAAGCACAACUUCCGUCACGUGAAGGUUGGGGAAAGAAGAGAUCAGCCUUUUAUUCGACUUCCUACGUUGAUAAGGAUUUUGGCACCGUUAACGACGACGAAGAUGCUGAAGCAGAGCUCGAAUUGGAGGAUGCCAAAAUUCGCCAAAAAGCUCUGGAUGCCGCUGCAGCCGAUUUGGACGUCUUUGAUGAUGACGAGGAUGCGACUACAGCGGCCGUUACUGAAGUUAUCAAGGAUGAAUCACAACAAUGGGACCCAAAAACGGCUCGCAAAAAGAAUCAGGAGGCUGUCAAUAUCUUGAACGACUACAAACUAAAGAUGGAAAUGUUCAACGUGAUUGUCCGCCCGCUGUCAGAUGUCGCCAAGGCGCUUCCGGAAGAUUCACCAUUGCGCGUUAAAUUAAUACUAUGUGCUAACACCUAUGGAUGUUACCGGAGCACCGUGGAAUUCUGGCUUGCAAUGAAGGCGGACUCGAUUAGCACACACAAAAUCAAUGAUUUGAAGGUCGAUGAACACCCUUGUCUAGCAAAAAUCUGGAGGUUGAAAGAGAUGACCGAUAAAGUUGACGAGUUUGUCGGCAGAAACUCUUCCCUUUUGUCGAAGCUCAUCGGCAAGGCGGCUGAAGGAGCUGAUGUCGACUACGAAGAACACUAUCCAGUAAUUUCACAAAAGCGGGCGAUCAGACAGAAAGAAAAAGAAGAGCUAAAACGUCUGGAAGAAGACGCAGAAAUGGACGAUGCGGAAGAGGAUGAUGAGGCAAACCAAUUUCGCGCGUUUUUACUCUUUUUAGGGUCGCCGUGGGCUACCGCAAAAAGAAAGCGUCCAGCAUUUCGAAGAGCAAGAAGCGACAGCAGUAUAAGAAAGCUCUCAUCCGGCACCAUGGUCAACGCCCGAAGGUCGAACACCGAACAGGCUUGGGCUGUUUGUAUUUUGGAUAUGAAUCGAGCAUUAGGAGAAGGAAGAAUCACGAAGGUGGUAAAAAAAUAUGCUUUCCUUCAAGAUGAGAAGGUUGGAAAAGUGUAUGUGCCGUUGGAGGCUGCUCGAAUAAUGGCUCCUGAUUGUUGUGAUUUGCGCGAUCGUUUUCAAGAAAAUGAUGUCUUAAUUUUUACUGCAUCCAAGCAGCCGUAUCCUACUAACGACUGCAAGUAUGCGGCUAGCUCUGUCAUUAAGCAAAGCGAGCUGAUAAAGGCGUAUGGAAAAAUUACUGAUGUAUUGGAUAAGCAUUGUAUUGUGGAAGCGAAAAAAUAUGGGCGUAUUUUUGUUCCGUAUUCUGCGCGUACUCCCACCGGAAAAUUGUGGCUUGGUCGUAAUGCAGAGAAAGGAAAAACCUGUGCUGUUCGUAUUUUUCGUCAACCUGAUAUUAAUACUUGCAAGUAUGUUGCUUUUGGUUGUGAAAUUACGUUUGACGAUGGUUUGACGGAAGAUAUGAAAUUAAAGAAUACACGAGCUCCCGAUAAUGCGUUGACUCAAAUUGGAUGCAUAGUGCGCUACUCGACGGGCAGUGACUGUCAUGUUUAUUCUACAGUCACUGGGCUAGCACGACUGCCAGCGGCAUCAGUUCAAGAUUGGAUGCAUAUGGGUGGAUGGUUGCGGUAUGCUGUCGUCCGCGACCCGAAAACAUUGUCGGUUUCUGAUAAUGUUAAUGACCAACGUGCCCGGGAGCCAACAUGGCUGGUCAAGGAUCCUGUAGAUCUCGGCAUGUUGUUUGAACUGGAAGAAGAUCAAAUGGACAGCAGUCGCCUGCAGCUAAAUGUUACUUGCGUGAUCAAUCGUGUGAAUCGAGAACUUCGUCAAACGUGGCUAUGGAAUGAUUUUAUUGGCCGCGUAUAUGUACCUCCGGCAAAUUUCUGCAAUGACUUUCAGCCAAUGGAAAGCGUCAAGGUCCGUGUCGUUUAUACUGCGGCUUUUGAUGAUGUACCAUGGACAGCCAAUCAAUUAGAAUACCUUGGAAACGAUGAAGCUACGCGGCUCGCCAAUUCUUCGUUGCUGAUCACCGACGACGACUGGAAGAUUUCGCAUGUUCAAUCGGGCCCCGGAAGUUUUUUCGGCUUUAUGGACAACCCGAAAUUUGGCAGCGCUUUUAUCGCGUGGACCGAUAUAGCCGAUGACGACUUUGCACUUGUCAAGGAACAGCGUUGCCGGGCAACUGUUUUUCGCCAGCACCGUGAAAAGAAGCACAACUGGCGCUGCGUGUUGGUGACGCCACUUGAGAAUGUGGAUGCGCUCUAUCCAGUGCACAAGCAUUCUGGACAGAUGCGCCUUCCUAAGCCAUUCCGCCCGCCACGUGCCGUGCCACAACCAGCACCCGUAGCCCCACCACCGCCACAUAUACCACUUCCAAUGCAAGCUCCGAUCGGCACCCGUGUCACCCAGGAACGAACAAUGGCUUCGGUGCUCCGUGCAAGCCCACCUCCCGGAAUUCCCGGGCUCCCCAUGGAAUUUGGGCCCCUCAUCAAAACGCGAAACUCGGAUUGGCCAGCUCCCAGUCAACGUCUGCCUUCCCUACAGCAAAUCUGCCCAAAUCCCAAGGGAGCCAAUUUCAACUCAUUGCCGCCAAGCGGUGCGCCGACCCCGUCGAUGACUUCAUCUUCUUGUCCGCUUUCCGAAGACGGAUCUGAGUCACCAUUUGAAAGUCGCAAUUUCUUAGAAGCCCAAAUGGCUAAUGAUUUCCGGAUGGAUGCAUUCGCUCCUUGGAUGGCACCGGCCGAUACAAUAAUUCCGUCUUCAGUCUUGCCGCUUUCUUUUUCCACAGGACCGAUGAUCUAUCAUCCGUCUGUCUCUACCGCUGAUGCGUCUACCCAAACGGAGAUGAUUUGCGAGCAGCGUGUACUCAAGGACAUCCUCAAUCAUCAAGACUUAUUCAAAAAGGUGUUCGACGCGUUCCCGGGACACAUGGAAACAAUGCUUAAAAUGAAUUGG